AUGCCUGGCUCUGUCUCCGAGCCUGUAGAGGUAAACGAUCAAGUAAAAGAUCCUGAUCAGGAUGGAGUCGCGGGAUACGUUUGGUGGCAAGGCAAAGACAAAGCAAUGCGUCAGAGUGCAGAUACAGGUGAAGCGGUGACAAGGGGAUUCGAGAUGGAGACAGACAUUUCUGCCAGCCAGAAAAUGCUCUCAGCAGUCUCUGGCAGUCUCCUCACAUCCCUCCUAGUCACCCCCCUCGAUGUUGUUCGCGUACGCCUUCAGUCCCAAUUUCCUACUUCUAAACCCGAUUUGACACCUUCCGCUCAACUCAACAAGUUACCCUCAUUUUCAAAACUACCGCCAAAUCUUGGGGUUACAGCUUGCUGCCGCGAAGUCUUCUGGGUGAACAAUACCUCGUCAUUCUGUCUCGCCAAUGCGUCUCCCUCCGUGACAUACACUGCAGUCAACCCCGCUAUAUCGACAUCUUCUGCCGUUGCUGCUGACUGCGCCGUCGAUGAGGCGCGGCAAAAGACAUACUCUUCUACACUCGACGGCCUUAGGAAGAUCGCCCGCAAUGAGGGACUUACAUCGCUUUGGCGCGGAUUGUCACCCACGCUUGUAAUGGCGAUUCCUGCCAAUGUCAUCUAUUUCACUGGCUAUGACGCCCUUCGAUUCAACAAAUCGUCUCCAAUUCGGAAGUACGUUUCUAAUAAUUACGCCCCAUUUGUUGCUGGUUCAGUCGCUCGUGUUGCCGCUGCAGCUACCAUUUCUCCGAUAGAGAUGUUUAGAACACGAAUGCAAGCUGCCUCGGCGGGUAAUGGAACAGGCGUUUUCAUGGAAACUCUCUCAGGGCUUAAGAAACUAGUGCAGACCCAAGGGGUGACGAGUCUCUGGCGAGGCCUGACACUGACGAUGUGGCGAGAUGUACCCUUUAGUGGUGUCUAUUGGUGGGGAUAUGAAUUCGUACGCGAGGCCUUGAUAGACUUAAGGGACCCGCAUGAACGAUUUCGGAAUAGACCAAGGGAUCAUGCACACGCAUCUACUUUUGUGGACAGUUUUGUUGCGGGGGCGACCUCUGGAGCAGUAGCUUCAGUUAUCACCACACCUUUCGACGUUGGGAAGACGAGACAGCAGGUCCUCGAAACCUCUGAAACCCAAGCGCGAUCUGCUUCUGGCGGAGCCGCGCUCAAAGGCUUGAGACCGGAAGAACGCUCCAUGCCUCGGUUCUUGCUUCACAUCUGGAAUGAGGAAGGCAUGCGCGGUCUCUUUAAAGGGUGGGCAGCCAGGACGCUGAAAGUCGCACCGGCAUGUGCUAUAAUGAUCUCCAGCUAUGAGAUUGGCAAGAAGAUGGCAAGAAGCAUGAACGAGCGAGGAGAAAUGGACGAAUCGGUCGGCUGA